CUUCGUCCGCGCUGACCGGCCGCAGUCUCUAGCCAAGCUUGCUGAUAACCGUAGCAUUGCCAUCAUUCAGCGCAACAUCGAAUCCCGGGGAAAUCUUUCCCAUCAGGACGCAAGGUCGACAAAUAUCUACGCGACAUCAUCGCUAGGCCCACCAUGGGCACCACGAUGUCAGUCAUUAAGACCUUGAUCGUGCCUGCCAUCAUCUCGCUCAUUCUCUUCCUCGUUUCGACCUACGUCGCCCUCCCGCUCUGGCGCAGAUGGCGCAGUCGCUAUAGCCAAUAUCUGCCUCUCGAUACCAUAUCGACCUCGACAGUGUCAUUACGACACCGCGUGCAAAAUGCGAUUGCAAGGAUGAUGGUCCCGUCAACAUGGCGGCGGAAUGCUCAUGAACGACUCGUCAUCGCGACCGACGCUUCCGAAGACGGUUAUUCGUCAGAAGAUGGAGAGGAGCUUGGGGAGGUUGGUGAAGAUACCCGGAGAGCUUUGUCAGAAGAUGCUCGGCGAGACAGACAUGAUAGCACGAGACGUCUGAGUAGGGACCUGGAAGAAGGCUUUAGAGAUGACAGUGACGAUGAAGAUGAUGGAGCUGGUAAUAGGCGGUAGUCAUCAAUCUAAUACGCACUUCAGCCUCACUUCCGUGUACCGGAUGCCUAGCCCCGUUGCCGACCACGAGGAGACUCGGCUGAAUGCCUUAGCUUUUCGUCAGACACACAUCGUUGCCGCAUAGAACCCCGUUCCUCGUUUCUUCCGCCCUGCAUGCAACGCGGGAUGUGGAUGGGCACGCGAACAGGCAAGUCUUCGGCCGAGUUGGCCGAUCUAG